ACGUCUGUUUACUCUCUGUCUGUGUAAAUAGUCCACCCUCCUUCACUCUCUCUCUCUCUCUCUACACGUACAAUGGCUCACCUCUUCAGAGAUCUCUCUCUUGGCCACUCCAAGAGAGAGCACUCCAAACCCCCUCCCCUCUCCACCACCCCCGCCGCCGCCCCCUACAUCGCCACCCCCGCCGCAUUGCCCUCCCCGCUCGGCCAGCUCGACGCCGCCCAGCUCACCGACGCCGACCUCCGCCUCACCGCCUUCGAGAUCUUCGCCGCCGCAUGCCGCACCUCCUCCUCCAAGCCCCUUGCCCACGCCUCCGCCUCCUUGGCCCACUCCGAUUCGCCGACGGCCCACAACAACUCGUCGUCGAACUCGCCGAGCUCCCCGGCGCUGCAGCGAUCGCUCACUUCUGCCGCCGCGAGCAAGAUGAAGAAGGCGCUGGGGCUGAAAUCCCCGGGCUCCGGCUCCAGGAGGAGCCCCGGGUCGGGGUCGGGGUCGGGGUCGGGCUCGGGCCUCGGGAAGCCGAGGAAGGCGGUGACCGUGGGCGAGCUAAUGAGGAAUCAGAUGAGGGUCCCGGAGAGUGUGGACUCCAGGGUUCGGAGAGCGCUUCUGAGGGUAUCAGCUGGGCAGGUCGGAAGACGAAUUGAAUCAGUGGUUGUACCGUUAGAAUUAUUGCAGCAGCUCAAGAAUUCGGAUUUUACCGAUCAACAAGAAUAUGAUGCCUGGCAGAAGAGAACCCUUAAAGUUCUUGAGGCUGGUCUCCUUAUUUAUCCCCGUGUUCCGCUGGACAAGUCAAACAUGACUGCACAGCGUCUCCGACAAAUAAUUAAUGCAGCAUUUGAUAGGCCCUUAGAAACAGGGAGAAAUAACGAAUCUAUGCAAGUUCUUCGUAGCGCUGUGACUUCUCUUGCUGCAAGAACCCUUGAUGGAUCUCUUGAUUCUUGUCACUGGGCAGAUGGGAUUCCUCUGAAUCUUCGACUGUAUGAAAUGCUUCUAGAAGCCUGCUUUGAUGUCAAUGAUGAAACUUCUAUCAUCGAGGAAGUUGAUGAGCUUAUGGAGCAGAUAAAAAAGACAUGGGGAAUCCUUGGAAUCAAUCAAAUGCUGCACAAUAUUUGCUUUACAUGGGUUUUGUUUCACCGUUUUGUGGCAACUGGACAAGUGGAAAUGGACCUGCUUUAUGCUGCUGAUAGUGAGCUUGCUGAAGUUGCUAAAGAUGCCAAAGCAACGAAGGAUCCGGAGUAUUCCAAGAUUUUGAGCUCUACAUUGACAUCGAUAUUAGGCUGGGCAGAGAAAAGACUUCUUGCUUAUCAUGACACAUUUGAUAGUGGUAACAUUGAGACGAUGCAGGGUAUUGUUUCUCUUGGUGUCGUGGCAGCUAGAGUUUUAGUUGAAGAUAUUUCAAAUGAGUAUCGCCGGAGGAGGAAAGCCGAAGUUGAUGUAGCUCGCAGCAGGAUCGAUACUUACAUUAGGUCAUCAUUGCGCACCGCUUUUGCUCAGAGAAUGGAGCAAGCAGAUUCAAGCAGGAGAGCCUCAAAAGGCCAUUCUAAUCCUCUUCCAGUGCUUGCUAUCCUUGCAAAAGAUGUGGGUGAACUGGCACUUAACGAGAAGGAGAUUUUCAGUCCCAUACUGAAGAAGUGGCAUCCUUUUGCAGCAGGGGUUGCGGUUGCCACACUUCAUGCUUGUUAUGGAAAUGAGCUAAAGCAAUUCAUAUCUGGUUUAACUGAGUUGACACCAGAUGCCGUUCUAGUGCUGAGAGCAGCGGAUAAGCUGGAAAAGGAUCUGGUGCAAAUUGCUGUUGAAGAUUCUGUGGACUGUGAUGAUGGUGGGAAGGCAAUAAUCCGAGAGAUGCCUCCUUUUGAGGCUGAAGCUGCAAUAGCCAAUCUGGUCAAAGCAUGGAUCAAGACAAGAAUAGACAGAUUGAAGGAUUGGGUGGAUAGGAAUUUGCAACACGAGACAUGGACUUCCCAAGCAAAUAAAGAGGGAUUUGCUCCGUCUGCUGUUGAAAUGCUGCGGAUAAUAGACGAAACUUUAGAUGCAUAUUUCCAGCUUCCAAUACCGAUGCAUCCCGCACUGCUUCCUGACUUGAUGACUGGCCUGGACAGAUGUCUUCAGUAUUAUGUAACCAAGGCACAAUCUGGAUGUGGAUCAAGAAAUAUAUAUGUUCCCACAAUGCCAGCGCUAACCAGAUGUAGUGUGGGAUCCAAGUUUCAAGGAUUUGGGAAGAAGAAAGACAAGUCACCGAGUAUCCCGAAGAGGAACUCUCAGGUUGCGACAAUGAAUGGUGACAAUUCUUUUGGAGUUUCUCAGCUAUGUCUUCGUGUAAACACCUUGCAGCAAAUUUGGCUACAGUUGGAGAUUGUGGAAAAAAGAGUAAUCACCCAUCUAAGGAACUCUGAGUCUGCUAAUACAGAGGAUUUUUCAAAUGGUCUAGGGAAGAAAUUUGAACUCUCGCCUCCUGCCUGUCUGGAGGGUAUCCAACAGCUUUGUGAAGCGCUUGCCUACAAAAUCGUAUUCCAUGAUCUAAGCCAUGUUCUUUGGGAUGGUCUUUAUAUUGGUGAAGUUUCAUCUUCUAGAAUAGAGCCAUUCCUUCAGGAGCUGGAGAAAUACUUGAUGAUCAUCUCAGACACAGUGCAUGAAAGGGUUCGGACACGCAUUAUAACAUGCGUUAUGAAAGCUUCUUUUGAUGGGUUCUUGUUAGUAUUGCUUGCUGGAGGUCCAUCUCGUGCUUUCUCUAAGCAGGAGUCUCCAAUAAUAGAGGAUGAUUUCAAAGCUCUGAAGGACUUGUUCUGGGCAAAUGGGGAUGGUUUACCUGCUGAAUUGAUCGAUAAGGCUUCUGCCACUGCAAGAGGCAUUCUACCUCUUCUCCGAACAGAUACAGAGAGUCUUAUUGAGCGUUUCAGGCGUGCCACUCUUGAGACUUAUGGGUCUUCUGCUAGGUCUAGGCUUCCACUACCAGCAACUUCAGGGCAGUGGAACCCCACUGAACCAAACACGAUUCUUCGCGUUCUGUGCUACCGAAACGAUGAAGCAGCUGCCAAAUUUCUGAAGAAAACCUAUAAUCUUCCAAAGAAACUCUAGUCACCAAAAAUCCAAUGCAAGAAAUCAAAGCCUGGUCUUUCUUUGAACAAGUGGCAGAUGGAUGAGCAUGCCUCUGUUGCUGCCAUCAUGUCUUCGCUCGACUGUGGCUCGAGUCCUACCCGUCAUGCUUGAGCAAGCAGAUGAGUUAUAUUCUGGAGUUAGCUAUGAAUGUUAGAAAUGAAGUGCACUG